AUGUCGGCGCUCUCUGCGAGACUCGCCAAAGGCGCCAAGUGGGCUAGCGUCGUUCUUCUCGGUGCCGGUAUCCCUAUUGGAGUUGCCUACUUUCAGGUUGUGUACCACAAUGUCGAGGAAGAAGCACAGAGACUUCAUAAAGAGGGUGACCUUCACCGUCAACGAAUAAGGGAACAGUGGGCUACGAAGGCUCAAACAGAAGUCAGAAAUGAAGAGAACGCUGUGAGAGGAUACAGGAGGUAG